UAUCCGCCCAGCUGACUUUCUCCAGUUAAAGAAGUGAGUUGAAUCUUCAGCUGGAGCUUUCCCUAAGGUUAAACGAGAACUCCAAGAGGUGAGAAAACUGUAAAAACGGACCAAACCAUCUCUCUGUUGGACUGAUUCAAACAUGUUUUAUGUGUGACUGUAGCAAGGGGUCAGGAUUUUACAGCUUGCCUCGUAGAGCGUUGUGCAACUUGUCUACAAAAACAUGAUUGAUAUGUAUAAGGUCUCAGUGGGCUACUAUAAGGCUAUUCCGAGAUGAGGCAGCCUAUCAUCGUUUGUGUCAGUAUGUGUGAGGUGGUAGAAGGAGGCUUCGUGACAAUUCUAAUUUGAUCACUUCACUACAGUAACAAUUUCACAGUUUCACUGGUAUCAUCACACCGCCAUGUGCCAGUAGAUUCAGUCCUGCCUGCUGAGGACUCUGUCAAUCCUAAAGGACUCUCGAAUAUCUGUCUUCAGUUUAACACCAGGGAGGAAAGUAAAGCAGGGCAAAGUCUGAGGUUAAUUUCUAACAGAGGAUCAAGUAUUAGCCAGAUGAAGCCUGGCAGCAGAGAGUGCUGUUCACUCUUAGGACAGUUGUAAUGUUGACUAUCUUACUAUUGUAUUCCCCUUAUUUAACCUAACACUUUUGUGCAUUGGUGUUUGAUCUUUUCUCAAUUUUCUUUUGGAGGUGGGGGCUCAAGAAAACAGCACCAUGUUCAGAGCCCGUGUGAUUGAUAUAACAGUUCAGCAGCUCUUACUGAGGAAGGUGGUGCCAUGUGUCAGCCUAUGCAGGAACCUGAGAUUUUGGCACCAAACUGUAGGUAAGAAUAAUGUCUGUCUUUUAUUUGGUUCAUUCAAUGGAUUAUUUGUUUAUUUUACAAGCACUGAAAUCUUUUUGUCUUUCCGGGAAAAUAUGUCUCUGCUGCAUUCAAGUGAAGCUGUGAUUGUUAUUUAUGUCAACAUCUGAUCUCAUAAAGGCAGAAUCAAGCUGUAUGGCUUAUAUUUAAACUCUCACAAGUAAUAUUGGCCACAUUUUUUUAUAUUUUUAUUUGACUGAGUGUCUCAUUGUGGAGGGCCUACAACUUGCUUUUCAUGCUCUCCAUGAGUCAUUCAUCCAGCUUAAACUGGUUGUCCAACUGAAGGCAACCUCAAGGUUUUUUUGAGGCUUUACAAGAAUAACUGACUGUGGAAUUUACUGCCUUUGUAUGUCAAACUCUCAUCUACACGAAGGUUGAUACCUUCUCUUCAUCACUUUUGUUUGGCCAUGUUUGUCUUUAGAAAUUUGAUCAGUUAGUUGUGUGCUAAAUGCAUUUAUUGUAUUUUAUUUCAAUGCUUUUGUGACGGUUAUCUCUGUCAGCCACUAUAGCUCCUAUCACAGUUUCUUUGGUAAUACCUGAAAGUUGUCAUAUAUUACUGUUUUAACUCAUAGGUGGAGUGCGGUGGAUGAGCAGCAGUAGACCAGCCCCCCUCCUGACAGCCAUGCCUGUUCGUGCUCUCAUAGAUGAUCAGAUCAGCAUUAAAGCACGUUUCCUGUCGCCACACAUGCCAGUCACAGUGUGUGCAGAAAUGCACUGUGAGGAUGGUGACCAGUGGGAGUCAUUUGCCCAUUUUAAUACAAAGGCAGAUGGCACAGUCAACUGUGAGUCACACUGGGUUAAAACUGAUUUGAAAUUGAAACAUUAGCUAAGAGAAAUGACAAUAGUCUGUGAUGCAUGGGAUUAACAUAUGAUCUGUCUGAUCCAAUCACAAGUGGACAGUUAUGAGUAUAGCUGUUUACAUCUGUACCUGUAGUUUAGGUUGUUUACUGAGGAUGUAUGUUGAUAAUACAUGUAAACACAGCUAAUCAGCCGCUCUGGUUUCUAUGGAGACAGCUGGUAGCUUCCUCCUCUCAUUCUCUCUCUCUCCCCUGAACAGUGACCAGGGACCAUUCAGUCGGGGGUACUUAUUUGGGCUGUGAGCCGAUGGGACUUUUCUGGAGUCUGCAGCCUGCUCCUGGAGCAAGAGAAGGAUUGAGGCAGGUGAUGAAGACGAGUCAACCGAAAGCCAAACAACACAGAAUUUUUUGCAUUAAGUCCAGCUAUCUGCUGUCUCAAACACUUGGCCAUUGAACUUGAUGGAUAAAGGUCAGUGUCCCAUCUGAAAUCCGCUCUCUUUCUCAUCCAAAGGCUGAGGAAGAAAAAUGUAGAGACUCCUUACGUGGUGCAUUUGUGCUUACUGGAGGGCCACGUUUCACCCAGCAAGAGUCAAAACACCAAGCUGGCAUCAGUAACUACUGAGCGCUGGUAUAUGGCCCCAGGUGUACAGAGAGUAGAGAUCCAACAGAACGGUGUCGUAGGAACAUUGUUUUUACCACCUGGUGAGCAAAGGAUAAGAGACAUUCGCUGACACAUUUUAAGACUUGUGUGAAGAAGUGUCCUCUGAACAGCACCAAUUGCACUGAUGUCCUGCAGGCCCAGGCCCAUUUCCUGCCAUGUUGGACCUGUGGGGAAUGGGUGGUGGACUAAUGGAGUAUCGCUCUGCCCUGAUGGCAUCUAGGGGCUACGCUAGCCUGUCCCUGGCCUACUUUGGGCACAAAGACUUACCUGGUCCACAAAGCCAUGUGAAUGUUGGUGAACCUUAUUUUAAGGUAAGAAGGGAUGUAGUUUUAAACCUUUUUAACAGCACCACAAAAGUUUCCGGUUUGAUGCAACCAAUUUUUUUUAACCACAAAAUAUGACAUUUUUCGUGUGUUGACAGGCAGCAUUUCAACUGCUUCGAGAUCAUCCUCAGGUCUGUGCUGACAGAGUUGGGAUUAUCGGGCUUUCCUUUGGAGUCUAUAUCACUCUUCAACUUGCAACCAGGAUUGGUGUUAAAGUGAGUUAACCUUUUGAAAAUCAAUCACACAUUAAAAUCACAGAUGCUUGCUUAACAUAAACUGAUUUAAAAUAAAAAUGACUGCAUCCAUAAAAUAAGAAAAAGAAAUGAAUAAUGAUUUGGAUUGAGUUUCACAAGGUCAGAAUAAGUUCUAUGAAGUCAGAAUAAGUUUCAUGAGCUCACUAAGUUAACGGUCUGAGUUCUCCUUUUUCAGCCAUCUUGCUUGAUCUGCAUUAACGGUCCAAUGGUGAGCAGCUUUAAUCUCUCACGUGAAGAUGGCCUGACUGGAAGUGUCGAGGGGUAAGUGGUGGUCAAACAUGUUAUAUAUCAUUAAGAUCAAGUUCCAGUGUCAAAGAUGUUCCUAAACUUGUACUCAAAUUCACAUUUGGUGUAAAUUGUGACAUCAUUUCAAAGCAGAAAAGUGUCUGUCACUGAGAAUUUAACAACUUUGCCAAAGACUGAGAAAAUAUUUCUCUAUCAAUUUGUCUUUUAGAAACAAGUUAGUUUGGACGUACGAUGAUCAAGGUCAUGUCGUUUUUGUCUCUGCGUUCGAAAGCUACCCACCUGAGACUAAAGUGAAGGUGAUGUCAAAGACUCAACAGCCUCUCUGGCCUCAAACACAAAAGACUCAUGUUUUAAGAGCACCAAAGCAAUACAUCCAUAAUUUUCUGCUUGUGAGAGAAGGUUAACUCCAGGUUAAAAUUUUGUGUUUUGCAGAUUGAAGACAUUGAAUGCCCCUUCAUGUAUGUGGAGGGUGAGGAUGACGUGAACUCUUUAAGCAAAGAGAACGCAGACAUGGUAGAAACUCUCUUAUUGCUACUUUUUUUUUUUAAUCUGCACUGCAUACAAUCGAUACCAGAUGCAUUCAUGGAAAAGUUUUGAACUACAUUAAUUAUAGCGUCCAUCAUUUGAAAAUCUUCAUUUGGCUUGAUCCUGUAACUUAUCUUUGAACUUGACUAAAAUGCUCUUUCACACUUAUUUAUGUACUUAUUGGUUGUCAUAGUACUGACGUUCUCUUUAUCAGAUCGAGCAGGCUAUGAACGCUGCAGGUAAAUCUCACCUAUUCACCCGCCUGUCAUAUCCCGGAGCUGGUCACCUGAUUGAACCACCUUAUGCACCCAAUGCAAGAAAGUGUCUCUGGAGGGUCAAACCAGACAAGCGUGAGCUCUGCACCGUUACAUUUUUGAUGCAUUUCUGUUGGUUUCAAUAAUAGAAACUAUGUGCAAUACAAAAUGCUUUUUGUAUCUCCUGCAGUGUUUGUUCUGUGGGGAGGUCAUCCUGCACCUCACGCUGCUGCACAAGAAGAUUCUUGGAAGAAGAUCCUGGCUUUUUUGGAAAGUCAUUUGAGAUCAUGAUGAACAUGACUGUAAAAAGUUGAAUGAGGGGAAUGUUUUGGCUUUAAGAUGUGAAGGACUGUAUCAACAAAUUUGCUCCUUUCUUUUAAGACUCUCAAGUGACUGCAAAAUGUCCCCCCAAAAAUUAUUCGACCAAAAAAAUUAAGGGGAAAAAAACUGGUCUCAAACUUGUCAACAACAUCUCUACAAGGGAGGGAAAGUCACCCUUGCUAAUCUUAAGAUCCCUUCAAUUGUCUGCUUAGUGUAGAUGAAGCUGUUAUGAUCAACAGAUCAGAUGAAAUCGGUUAAAAGUGACUUUUUUUCUUGUCUUGUGUAUGUGCCUGCAUGUUACAUACUGCUAUGGUUACUUUUGUCCAAAAGGUGGUGCUACUGGAACUGUUGAUGCAGAUGUGCAGCUCUGAUUGUUGUUUGUUUGGUUUUUCAUGUAUUUUGUUUAGGUGAAACUGUGUUUUUAUAGUAAAUGUAUGUACAAACACUGAACACAUUUUUAUUGAAAUCAGAAUUCACAAGUAUGUGGUUUUUAAUUUGCUCUUAUCAUUUUUACAUUUUAUUUGUAUGCCAUAAAUGUUUAUGCUCCUCAGUCAAUAACAUCAUAAAGAUACACGAUUGGCGAUAGCUGAA